UGAGAGGGAUUUGAAGAAGAUCGAUGGCAACAAACGGAAGUAGUAGUAGUAGUUAUACAAGUACAAAACCACCUCCUAACCCGUCUCCUUUCCGUAAUGCCAAGUUUUCCCAGGCCAACAUGAGAAUACUGGUUACUGGAGGAGCUGGUUUCAUUGGCUCUCACCUAGUUGAUAGAUUGAUGCAAAAUGAAAAAAAUGAGGUGAUAGUUGUGGAUAAUUACUUUACUGGCUCAAAGGAUAACCUUAGGCAAUGGUCCGGUCACCCAAGAUUUGAGCUUAUUCGUCAUGAUAUCACACAGCCUUUGUUGGUUGAAGUCGAUCAAAUAUACCAUCUAGCUUGUCCAGCUUCUCCGAUAUAUUACAAACAUAAUCCUGUCAAGACCAUAAAGACCAAUGUGAUGGGAACCUUAAACAUGUUGGGACUUGCCAAACGAGUUGGGGCUAGGAUAUUGUUGACAUCAACUUCAGAGGUUUAUGGAGAUCCUCUUGAGCAUCCUCAGGAUGAAAGCUACUGGGGAAAUGUCAAUCCCAUUGGAGUUAGGAGUUGUUAUGAUGAAGGCAAACGAGUCGCUGAGACUUUGAUGUUUGACUAUCAUAGGCAGCACGGAAUAGAAAUAAGGAUUGCUAGGAUAUUCAAUACAUAUGGACCAAGAAUGAACAUUGAUGAUGGCCGUGUUGUCAGCAAUUUCAUAGCUCAAGCAAUUCGCAAUGAGCCCUUGACAGUUCAAUCACCCGGAACUCAGACUCGGAGCUUCUGCUACGUCUCUGACAUGGUGGAUGGUCUUAUGCGACUUAUGGAAGGAAGCAGUACAGGACCAAUCAAUAUUGGAAAUCCAGGUGAAUUCACCAUGAUUGAGCUUGCUGAGACUGUGAAAGAGCUGAUCAAUCCAAAAGUGGAAAUCCAAUAUGUGGACAAUACUCCCGAUGAUCCACGGCAGAGAAAGCCAGUUAUCACCAGGGCAAAUGAGUUGCUUGGAUGGGAACCAAAAAUUAAGUUGCGUGAUGGCCUUCCUCUUAUGGAAGAGGAUUUCAGACAGAGGCUUGGAACCACCAACAAGGCCUAAAAUCUGAACUAAUGGAAAAACCAUGGGCAGACACUACCAAGUCAAGUGUUUUUUGAGAGAUGAUGCCUUCAGGAGAGUUAGCAAUUUCUUCAUACGCUAGUUUGAUGUUUUGAGUUUUUACUCUAAUCCUAUGUAAUACCCAUAUUGCUAUUGGGGAAUAAACUGCUGGAAGCUUUCAUCAUCACGAGUAAUGCAAGUGUUCAAGGUUCUGGCAAAAACUUGUAAACAUGAAAUGGUUUGGUGACUGGAACACAUCAACAAUUAUGUUUCUUUAACGGAUUA